AAUCCUCCAAUUUCCCCGUCCUGUCGCUCAUUCGGCGUCUCUCACGACCUUUUUCGUUUCCCUUCUCUCGUCCUCUUUUUAUCCUCUCUCAAUCUUUCCGUCCGACCUGGGGGAUUAUCGCAUCCUUCCACCCACGUUCAUUUGGAAAGACAGCAAUUUCCGAGUUUCUCACUCCUGAAACCCGUUGGUCCACCCAUUCUGCGAUCGACACCCUGUACAGUCUCAACCUCCAGAGGCAAAACAUACCAUCGCUUGUCACAAGCUUAUCGUGCGUCACAAGCGUUGUAAUCGAGAUAUUCGACUGGUCUCGAUCCUCUCCUUGACAGUUGCUCUCCACAAUUCGACGUCGACCGCUCUUUCAUUGCUUGUCCAUAUUUUUGACCAACUUGUACAAUGAAGCUCACACCCGCAAUCCUGACGCUUGCUGCUGCCGGCUCCGUCGCGGCCAGCCACCAUCAACAUCGACAUGGUCAUGUUCAUAUGAAGCGUAAUCCCGUGCCCACCAAGGUCGUGACUGUGCCUGGACCCAUUGUCGUCGCCUACGAGCUUGAUGGCAAGCCCAUUAGCAAGGAGGAAGCCUGCAAGGGCAUUACGGAGGGCAGUCUCCUCUGGGCUGAUGGCGGAAGCUACCCUGAGGUGUGCGAGCCCACACCACCAGCCCCAGUCGACAAGCCCAAGGGCGGCCAGGAGUUCUAUGAAUCCCCCAAGCCUGAAGAGCCAGCCACGACCUCUGAGGCCGCUCUGCCUCCUGUUCCAACUCCUUCUGCUCCAAAGAUUGACCUUCCCAAGCCAGAGCUCCCGAAACCAAAGCUCCCAGAGCCAGACAUCUCCUUGCCAGGUGAGGGCGAAGGGCUCGACACCGAUUUCCCUGAUGGCGAGAUUGAUUGCUCUGACUUCCCAUCGAAAUAUGGCCCCAUUUCUCUCCAUUGGCUUGGUCACGGCGGGUGGAGUGGCGUCCAACUCCCCAACUAUGGUGGUGGCCUGAUCAGCAGCAUCCGAACUGCUAUUAAGGGUGAAGGCUGCACUGAAGGAACUAUGUGCUCGUAUGCCUGUCCUCCUGGUUACCAAAAGUCCCAGUGGCCAUCCACGCAAGGCUCUACCGGUGAGUCGGUUGGUGGACUGGAAUGCAAGAACGGCAAGCUCCGUCUCACCAAUCCCACUCUCUCCAAGAAGCUUUGCGUUAAGGGUGCUGGUGGCGUCAAAGUGAAGAACACGAUGAGCGAGGUCGUCUCUGUUUGCCGAACCGAUUAUCCCGGAACCGAAUCCGAGACUAUUCCUCUCCUUGCAUCCCCUGGAUCGACUAACCCACUCACUUGCCCUGAUGCCGGUACCUAUUACAAGUGGAAGAACAUGCCUACCUCUGCGCAGUAUUACGUCAACCCCAAGGGCAUUGGCAUUAAGGAAGCUUGCCAGUGGGGUGACGGCAGCAAGCCAAUCGGCAACUGGGCCCCGAUCAAUCUUGGUGUUGGAAAGAAGGAUGGUGCCACCUGGAUCUCCAUCUUCCAGAACAAGCCCACCACCAACGAGAAGCUCGACUUCAAGAUUGAAAUCAAGGGUGACAACCUCUCUGGUUCUUGCCGAUACGAGAACGGUCUUUUCUACUCUGCCACCGGAAGCAACAGCGAUGGAUGCACGGUCCAAGUUAUGUCUGGUGAAGCCACCUAUGUUUUCUCGUAAAUUAACCAUCUCUAAGAUGUAAAGAGGGGUUGGCGAGUUCUAACGUUUGUGGUGGCGUAUCCUGGAUCUAUUCACGUAUUAAGCAUCCUAGUGACGAUUCCAUAUCCCAGGAGGCUUAUGGCAUACCUUUUACUCUUUUUUAAAGAACUUCAUGUAUCAUUUCCUUAGAGACCUUUGAACUCCACCACUUUAGUCUGUCAUAGUAUAUUUAGUAGCGCUUUUCAUUUCUUCACUG